CCUAUUCGAGUUUGAAGUCCAAGUGGACUUGAUUAUCCACCUUCAACUCCUUGUCCUUCACACAACAUGACUUCUGUCCAAUUCACAGUAGGCAAGCUCGAUGCAGGCAUGGUAUGCUUCUUUCUCUCUCCUCUUUUUAUUUUUUGGUUGGUAGUAUAGCACAAGGCAAAGGAAUAUAACGCCCUCAUUGUUUUUUAGGCUAUCCUCUUAACAGAGGAUCAUCACCUUAUCGAGUUUCCGUCCUUGCUGCUUCCCAAUGGCGUUACCUCUGGUAGCAUUGUCAAUAUUGCCGUCACUCGAAACGUACCUAAAGAAGAGGAGAAAAUGCGCGAAUUCUGGGACCUUCAGGAAGCCAUUCUCAAUGCGUUUGGCAACGCGGAACCUGAAAACCCGGUGUUGCGCGUAAGGAACAUCACGCAGACAUCCCUCACACUGGAAUGGGAUCCCUUGGUGCUCAAAACAGCCAAGCUCCGAUCCCUGGAUGUGUACAAGAACGACACAAAACUGGCUCAGCACGUACCGAGCGACACCAACUAUAUCAAACUUUCGGGACUGGAUGUGGAUCACGAAUUUGAGUUUCACAUUGUGAUCAAGACAACGGCAGGCAAAUUUGAGUCGAAUCGCGUGGUGGCACGUACACAUCAAAUGGAGAACUUGACGGGCAUCAGAGUAGCGUUUGGUAUCUUUGAAGCCUCGGAGCCAGCCAUUUCGGAACUGAAAGAACUCGUGGACCGUAUGGGGGCUACAUGGACGGAGGAAGUGGACUGCGACACCACCCAUUUAUUAGCACAACUUCCAGGCGGUGCCAACUAUGAUCGUGCCGUGAAGCACUCUAUACCGAUUGUCAAGCCUGAUUGGCUCGUCCAAUGUGAUAAGAACAAAAAGAUUCAGCCUGCGCUUCCUUAUUAUAUCGUCAGUGUCCCGAACAAUGAAUAAUUCUUUUUACCGCUUUUCCAUCGUCUACAAUAAGCCUAUUUUUAUCCAACUAUCCAUUUGUUUAUAUCCUUUUGGGAUCUUUUUUCUUA